GCCCCGCUCAGUGACACAGGCUCCGUGUGGGGAGGCGCCGGCGGCGCGGGCAGCGGGACCGGGAGGGACUGGCCGGGCUUCGUAGCGGCGGCGACUGCGAGCCGAGUGCGAAGCAUGGCAGGGGCUGGAACCGCUGCGGAGGCUGCUGCUGGUUUCCCUCCUUCGCCGCCUCCUCCCGCCCGCCGGGAACUUUUCCUAGCGGCUGGUGGCGGUGCCUCCCCCCGGUGGUGGCAGAGGCGGCGGCGGCGGCUGCUGCGUUCGGCGGUGCCUCCUGGGCCGGGGCUGGGGCUCCUGGGGCUGGUUUUCUCUCAUUUCUGCUGCAGUGCCUUAGCUGGACCAGUUGUUGAUCCACAUGUGACAGCAGUUUGGGGGAAGAAGGUUGCACUGAAAUGCGUAAUUGAUGUAAAUGAAACAAUAACACAAGUUUCUUGGGAGAAGAUAUAUGGUAAAAGUUCAGAGACUAUUGCUGUUCAUCACCCUGAAUAUGGAAUAUCUGUUCAAGGAGAAUACCAAGGAAGAGUGGCAUUUAAAAACUACUCACUUACUGAUGCAACAAUCAUCAUAAAAAAUGUAAGCUUUUCUGAUGCAGGAGAAUAUGUUUGCAAGGCAGUUACAUUCCCACUUGGAAAUAUACAGUCGUCAACAACUGUAACAGUAUUAGUUGAACCUGUUGUGAGCUUAAGGAAAGGACCAAACACUCUAAUAGAUGGUGCAAAUAGGACAGUAGCAGCCACUUGUACAGCAGCCACUGGAAAACCUGCUGCACAGAUUGACUGGGAAGGAGGCCUUGGUGAAAUGGAAUCCACCUCUACUUUGUUUCCAAAUGAAACUGUGACAGUUGUGAGCCACUAUGUGAUUGUCCCUACUCGGUUUGCAAGAGGAAGACGCAUAACUUGUGUGGUGAGGCACCCUGCCUUUGCAAAGGAGAUGCGAUACCCUUACAUGCUGGACAUACAGUAUGCUCCAGAAGUUUCAGUAACUGGCUAUGAUGGAAACUGGUUCAUUGGAAGAGGAAAUGUUCAGCUCAAAUGUAAUGCUGAUGCAAAUCCAUUACCUAUGGAAUUUAUGUGGAGCAGGUUGGAUGGACAAUGGCCUGAAGGAUUGUUGGCUGUUAACAAUACUCUGCAGUUCAGCAGCCCUUUGACUUACAACUACACUGGGACUUAUAUCUGUAAGGUCACUAAUGCCCUUGGUCAGAAAAGUGAUCAGAAGACUAUCUACAUAUUAGAUGUGCCCUUUAAGCAGACAUCUUCUGUUGCUGUAGCAGGGGCUGUGAUUGGAGCAGUCCUUGCUCUUUUUAUCAUUACCAUCUUUGUGACAGUGCUGCUGACCCCAAGGAAAAAAAGGCCAGCCUAUCUUGACAAAGUGAUUGAUCUUCCACCCACUCACAAACCAGCCUCAUUUGAGGAGAGAUCAUUGUCAGUGCCACAGAAAGAAGCUAUGCUUCAGAAAGAACAUUUUGCUUUGCAGAGCCAGUACAGAGAGAGAGAUGUUGGAAACUUGCAGCACAUGAAAGCUGUGAAUGGAAGGCAACUUACUUGUGAGGCUGAAGAGCCACAGGAACAAGAGGGUCUUCAGCCUAUGUAUCCAGUUUAUCAGCAAACUUACUACAAAAAUUGGAGCAACAGAUACCCACAAAACUCAGGACCUGGAAGAGCCUACAUCAAUCCAAGGGAGCAUUAUGUAUGAUUAUGUACCCAGAUGUCUUUAACAAGGGUUUUAUUACCUGUUGACUCCAUGACCCUCAUGUCUUUUUGGCUUUCAUCUUUAAAAUGAUUGGGGUUUUUUUAAUGUGUGAAAAUAAUGUAUAGAGAAUUUUAUAUAGGUAAACCAUAUGGAAUUUAAAACUUGCCUCUAGUAUUUGAUAUGUCUGUGUUUCUGUAGUAAUUCUGAUCUGUCAAAUGAGGAGAGCCACUUAGCUUUGUUAACAUUCAGAGUCAUAAUAUGUAUAACCUGUAUUAAUUGGUCGGCACAUGCCGAUAAGCUUUUUCACUGGCUAUCUCUGGGAGCAUUCUCUCUGGAUAUUUUACAAUAACCUUACCCCUAUAAAAGUGAAUAAAUAUGAGCAAGACAAUUGAAUUCCUUGUGAUAUUAGCAAUCUCAGGCUGAGCCAUCUUAGAAAACAUGGGAUAUCAUUUUGACUGGCCUUAGCUAUUGAUUUCUCAACCAGCUCUACCUCUCUCAGUCAAAUGAACAACUAGACUACCUCUCAAAUACUGACUGGCUGGUCCACAAACUCACUGUUUGUCUUCCCACCUUGUUAAAAGUGAAGCAAUUGCCUUACAUCAAAGGCUUUUUCUUGUCUAUUGAUUCUGCCUGUUGCUGGCUUUGGUUUUACAGUUAGGUCUACAUGAAACUUAGUUGAAGGAGGUAGAUGAGUAGGCAGACAGAACUUUCUGUGUCUUUUGUGAAGCUACAUCUUACCCUUAAACUGCUAUUUAGCUGUUUUCCCAAGUGUGACUCCUAUUUUAGAUGCUGCAUAGUUUAUUUUCCUUGGUAAUAGAUACAUUCCUUGUUUUUUUCUCAGUUUCCAACAAAACUGCCUGUAAUGUGUUCUUAUGUCUUAGCAAGAAAAGAAGAGCUUCAGUCAACUUCAAAUGCUUGUCAGCACUGUCCUUUAAUCUUAACCACUAGUGUGAAGUAACUGGAGAAUGUCCUGACAUUACCAGUGCUACCAGUAUCCCACAUGAAUCUUUUUGUGUCUGUGGUAAUGCUUAAAAAAUGUGCUCAGGAUCUUUCUAGAAAAAUAAGUUUCCCUGUGAACUAAAAAGUAAAUAUUUAGCAAGUAAAAAAUACAUAUAUAAUGUGCUAGUGCUAAAAUUAGCUGAUAGGACAAUCUUAAAAUAUUUUAAGACAGUAGAAAAAUGGGUUGUGUCUAAAAUUUGCCGGAGAAACUUAACAGACUUGAGUAUUCUCUAAGUACGUGUGCACAUAAGUACAGAAUGAUGAUUUUUGGUCAGAUGACAUGAAGGACAAAAUGUUAAGAAUGUCUGGUGUCAUGCUGAAAUACCUGUUGUACAGAUCUCAAUAUUACUUCUGGGAUAUUAGUGUGCUUCUCUGCAGAUGUUUGGAUUUUUUUAGAGGCAAGAGCCAAGCUGUAGAAGCAGCAGAAUUGAAAGCCAGCAUAGGUGAGUGUGCUGCAGGCAGGGGGCAUCUUUGAAGCAUUGGCACCUUGCUUUUCUCUUAGGAACUGGGCACAUUCAUGUAAAUUGAGCAACUGUUUUCAAUUUUAAAGUUUUCUGCUGUAUUUGAGACCUAAAAAAGGGCUUGUGUCCUCCCAAAACUGGUUUUCCAUAAUGUUAAUUUAAGUAGCUACCUCUCUACAUGAGCAUUGCCCCACCUAUCCUUACUUUACUGCAGCUGCAAAAAGCAUCACUGUCAGAACGUUGAAAGAAAACAGUGUUGUGGCCAAGUGAAUGACAGAACAUGGACAUGAGCUAUACUGCUUAAGAUAAUUUGAUCAAUAUUAAUGAACAAAACUUGAUACCAAAAAUAUUUGAAUAGGCAUUAUAGGAUAGUUCAAAACUAUUGCUGUGGCAGUGAGUCCUCUGCAUUCAUUAGUACAAUGUGGUAUUGAGCAGGUGACCAUUUCAAUCCCUUUUGCAAAAUAACAACCUCUUCUACUGCUUUUUAUAAUUAAUUAUUUGCAGAUGCUUUUCUUUUUUUUUUUUUUUUUAUGAAGAGGUAAAACUUUGGGAGACGGAAGAAUGCUAUCAACAAAGCUAUAAUUGUUUUUUUUUAAUUUGCAAAAGUAGCUUAAAAAUUAAAACUGUAAUCUGAGUGUGCUGUCCAAGUUACGUAUCAAAAAAAUACAGAAAGCUUGAUUUGCAAACUACCCAUCAGGAUGUGUUUACCCUGAAGUCAUUAGGGAAAUACACAUUAUCACCUACAGGUUUAUUGCCUGUGAGAAAUGGUUUCUUUGUAAUCUGUUCAGGGACAUUUAGUGUAUUAGGUUUUUGAAAUGUUACUUUUAGUUUUAAAGUGUGGAUGGAUUUGGGGGGGAAGGGAUUUGGCAUAGAAUGCUCAGAAGAGAACAGAAAAAAUGUCUGCUAAUUAGGCUUUCUCACUGAAAGGAUUGUACAUAUAGAAGUAAGUCUGAUCUGCUUUUUUAAGAUGUAGAAAAUGUCAUUUUUUAUUUUUGUACAUUUUCAAAUGCUUGUAUUUGUAAUUUGAUUGGAAUAAAAACAUUCAAAAUAUAAA